AUGACAUAUUCUCAUUAUCGCUAACUAAUUUAUGCUUUUUUGCAAUAGAUAGUUCAAAAUGUGCUAAAAGAGUUGUUUGAACCAAAGGAUUGUAAAAUCGUAUCGAAAAAGUUGGUAGUAUAGUGUUGGGCAUAUGGCUCGGGUCCAGGCGCGCCAAGAAGCCAGCGCGACGCCGCGCUUGCAAUGGCGUACCCAAAGCCGCGCAUACGCGAGAAGCCUGAGCGCCUGGAGGCCUCAUGCGCGGACAUGAACUCCAAACGACCGAACGACGACGUUUCAGCCGAAAGUUGACCAGACCUAGCCUGCCUCGGAAACGACACCCUAUCCCCCGAAGAGUGGUCACAUCAGAGUACUAGGUACAAUGAUGGACAAGUCCCCUAGUACUAGGUAGGAGGAUGGCCGAAAGUUCUGACAUGAUAGCAGUCUUGUCACCAUGUAACUCACCCACCACCAUGUAGCCUAUCUUCCUUUCUAGACCUCUUGUUGUUACUCUUCUCACCCUCUUUUCCGAGUUCACCUCCUACCCUCAGUUGGACUCAAACAAUUGGCGCCCACCGUGGGGCUGAAGUAGAGGAACAACAAGAUCAAAAUCCCCAAUGGCGGAGCAAGAUAACAGCAUUCCCAACGAAGUAACCCAAAUCAAAGCGAUGACAAACUCAAGGUCAUUCGCGGAAAUGAGCAAUCUCAAUGCGGUCCUAAUUGAAGAAGAAGAACCGGAGCUGACGGCCAAGGAGGUCCGCCAACAGAUAACCAAGCAGAACGAGGUCAUCGCGGACAUGCAAGCGAAGAUGAACCAAGUGAUCGCCCUGAUGAUGAGUAAGGAAACCGCCGCCACUACAACCGCCGCAACUAUGUCAGCGCGUCAAACGACGACGCAACCACCACCCGCGGAUUGCCAAGCAGUUAGGCAAGCCGACCCGGCGUCGUGCGAGCAUAAUCCGCCAGAGAGGGAGGAUCUGACCUUCCUGGAACAGCACUUGUCCCCGCUGUACCGCGCCCCGCCAAAAAGAGCACUGCACCAAUCACUGUGCCCGGAAAUUAUGGCGGAGCAUCUAAGCGGGACCCCACCCACCAUGCCCAUGUACAACGGGACAACAGACCCCGAAGACCACGUCAGCAGCUUCUGCCUGCGCAUGCAGCUACAGACGAACUCCAGCGCGGCAUUAUGCAGGACCUUUCCAUCCACAUUCUCGGGAAUAUGCCUGGACUGGUAUAACCGCCUCCCCAACGGAAUCAUCCGCACCUAUGAGGAGUUCAUACUGCUCUUCACAACUAAGUUCGCCUCCCAAAAGAGAAGGCCGCUCCUCCUUAAAGCGUUGAUCGACCUCAAACAGAAGGACGGAGAGAGCCUGCGGGCAUUCUACGCUAGAUGGUCAAGAACCGCCAUGGCAGUGCGCGAUCUGACUCCGGAGACCGCAGCCCACCACCUCAUGGAGGCAACCACCAACGCGGAGCUCAAGCGCGCGUUGGCAAAGAGACCCGUCAUCUCUUCCUCGGAACUAGAAACCAAAAUCGAGAAAGCCGUCACCCUAGAAGAAACCCUGGGAGCCGGAUCGGUCCGCCGCUACAAGCCAACAAAGCCUCCGCGAGAGGAACAAAGGCGACAAGAGCCGCAACUCCCGCUCCCGCAGUACCAUAGCGGGUAUGGUAAGCAGCACGCCCCUCAGGAUCCUCCGCAACGAAGGCGUUCACCAGAGAGGUGCCCGCAAACGAGCUUCACCCCCCUCAACGACUCGGUAAAGAACAUCUUCCACCUCAUCAGGGAGAAGGGUUACCGCGUCAACUGGCCAGCACCAAUAAGAGCCUUUAUGCACACGCGCGACCACAGAAAGCACUACGACUUCCACCGAGAGCCAGAGCACCUGACCGAAGAUUGCUUCAAUCUUCGCGUAGAAAUAGAGGGGCUCAUUAGGAGAGGAUAUUUGGCGGAAUACGUAAGCGGAGCGGAGGAGCGGAAAGACCAACAAGCCGCACCACUGCCAUCUCCGCCCCAGGCAGACUACAAUGAGACAACGGGAUCCUACAUCGUCCGAAAAGAAAUAGGGGUUGCCACGAUCGAGGGAGACAGGCCAAAGAAAAAGACAAAGCGAGACCGCGCAGUCGAAUGUGCGACGACAAGCGCUGCAGUAAAAUGCGAUCUGAGUUUCGGCAACUCAGAGCUCCCGCGCGGAAUCGCAUCUGAAGAGUCACUAACUAAUAACUAUAACGACGCUGGUGGCCGCUUGCAAGGUGCACCGUCUGCUCAUAGACGGGGGGAGCGCUGUGGACGUCCUAUUCAAGCGCACUUGGAUCAAAUGGACGUAGACCCGAGUCUGAUCCAACGGGCUCAAGGUAACUUGGUGGGAUUCUCCGGCACGAGGGUCGCGGUAAUCGGGGAAAUCACCCUGCCAAUCGUACUCGGCGACGACGAACCACGCACGUCCAAGCAAGUGCAGUUCACCAUCGUGGACUGCAAUUCUCCUCACAACGACAUCUUAGGCCGCCCGUUCCUCGCCAAGUUCAUGGCGUUGGCGUCAACAUGCCACCAAAAACUCAAAUUCCCCACCAAGGUGGGAACCGGAGAAUCGCGCGGCUCACAAUGGUCCGAGGGAAACCAACAAAUCACGCGCCCCAUCGCGCCACAGAGACAGACAAACAUCACCGACACCCGCGCUAACGGCCCGCGCCCAGAGUCUAUGGACUCCGACUCCGAGGUCGCGCUGAACCCGGGAGGACCAGACAAGAAGGUGUGCAUCUCUACCCAUGUCCCUGGGGAUAUGGUCGAGCCGCUGGUGAAACUGUUGCAAGAGUAUCAGGAGCUCUUCGCCUGGUGCACUGAGGACAUGCCAGGAGUGUCAAGGCAUGUGGCACAACAUUGCCUCGCGGUACCAGACACCGCGACGCCCCGUCAACAGAAGCGACGCAUAUUCACUGGUGAGAAGUUGAAAGCCAUAGUAGAAGAAGUGGCGCGACUACUAGCUGCCGGUCUCAUCCGAGCUGUGAAGUACCCAAAAUGGCUGGCAAACGUCGUUCUAGUGAAAAAAACCUCACACGCGUGGCGAAUGUGCGUCGACUACACCACCAUCAACAAAGUAUGCCCGGGAGACCCGUACCCACUCCCGCUCAUUGAUCAGCUGAUUGACGCGACAUCCAACCACGAAACAUUAUCAUUCCUAGAUAUGUUUUCAGGAUAUCACCAGAUCCCAAUGAGUCGUGAAGACGAGGAGAAGACCGCGUUCAUGACGCCAUUCGGCAAUUUCUGUUUCACGGGGAUUUCGUUCGGCCUGAAGAAUGCAGGCGCAACAUACCAGCAAAUGAUUGACACCGUCUUCGCACCCCAGAUCGGGCGCAACAUCGAGGCCUAUGUAGAUGACCUCAUUGUCAAGACAAAGAGCGGGGGCUCCCAUCUGGAAGACCUCCGCGAAACUUUCGAGGCGCUACGCAAAAAAUCGCCUUAGACUCAACCCCCUGAAGUGAGUCUUCGGCGCAGAAGCUGGCAAAUUCCUUGGUUUCAUGAUAACCAAGCGCGGGAUAGAAGUCGACCUUAAGCAAAUCACAGCAGUGCAACAGCUGCGCGCUCCAAGGAGCGCCACCGAGGUACAAUCAUUGAACGGCAAGCUAGCCGCGGUAGGGCGAUUCAUCCCAAGAUCCGCCGACAAAUGCGCUCCAUUUUUCCAAACCCUGAAGAAUGGCGCUCGCUUCAAGUGGACCCGGAGUGCGAAGCGGCAUUCAACGAGCUCAAAUUGUACCUGGUAUCCUCCCUGUAUUAACCGCCCCCGGGCUUAAUGAAAAAUUGUUUCUGUA